UUUUUUAAGAAAUAUCAAACCCAAACUAUGCGCGCCUCAAGUACUUCAACCACAGAUACUGCUUCUGAGCCUUGCUCAUCUUCAAGCUUAAUCGAUGAAAAGAAAAAUGAAAAGAAAGUUCACAGAUAUAAUGUUGAGGUCAUUGCUUCUGACAAUCCAAAAAAUGGACUGAAUUUGAAUAAUGGAAUAAUCAAGCAUCGAGACAUUGCUCAUUUGGUUUGUGUUGCUGUUAAUAAAGCUAAUCUUGUGCCAUCACCUCAUAAAUAUGUAUAUGAAGGACAUUCUAUUUUAUACUCAUCAGCUGAAUUGCAAAUGUGUGAUCCCAUUUCUGUUUCUUAUUCCGAAGUAAGCGAAUCAAUUCAAAAUGCAUUUGGCAAGAAGGCAAAAUUCCAUGUGAUUAUCAAGCCGUGUCAGACAGAGGAACAUAUUAUGAAUCUAAAUGACUUAAAUCAGUGUGAGACAGAGGAUACCCUACCUGUACAAGAAGAUCGAUCUUUACCUACUUUUUUCGAAUUUGAUAUUGCUCAAAAAACCUUACAAAGGUUAUAG